UGUAUGCGAGCGCAUUGUUAUUUGUUUUAACGUUACCUCAGACUUUCUUCACUCUCCUUCAGCCUACAGACUGCCGUGAAUAUGGCGAUUGUUUGGAGGAAUGCGCUCGUACUUGUUUUUGUACACUUUGUAGUGUCUCAAACACGCUUCCGAUGUGGCGAACCACCAAAAUACCCUGAUAAACAGCUGGACAUUAAAUAUAUCUACAGACCAGUAUUCAAUCAUCAAGAAAAAGUGUCUUAUAGAUGUGAUCGGGGUCACGUGCCAUCAGAUGGAAGCCGUAUAUCAUUCUGUAAGAGAGGACGCUGGACACCCUUGACCCUGAAAUGCCAAAAGGUCAAAUGCAACGGGUUAGCAGAUAUCGAGAACGGGCAGUACAGACAAGAAGGACAGUCAUACGGAGAUAAAGCUAUGGUUAUCUGUAAUCAAGGAUAUGUUUUAAGAGGAGUAAAAUUCCGCAUAUGUCUGGAAAAUGGCUGGAGUGGUACAGAUCCUGUCUGUCUGGCACCAAAAGUCACCUGUUCAGCACCUAGAGUAGAAAACAGAGGGAUUAAACCUGGAGAAAGGACACAUUACACACCGCAAGACACUGUGAGAAUCACCUGCAGUGAAGGAUUCGAUUUGAUUGGCUCCUCGGUGGUCACAUGUGGACCAGAUGGCCAAUGGCGGGACUUGCCGGAGUGUCAUCGUAAAGUGCCAAAGAUAAUCUGUUCAGCACCUGCUGUGGAAAACAGAUGGAUAAAACCUGGAGAAAGCACACAAUUCACACCGCAAGACACUGUGAGCAUCACCUGCAAUGAAGGGUUUGAUCUGAUUGGUUCAUCUGUGGUUACAUGUGGACCAGACGGCCAAUGGCAGGACUUGCCAAAGUGUCACCGUAAAGUAAUCCUCUGCUCUGCACCGGCUGUGGCAAACGGAAGAAUCAAUGCAUUUGGCAACCAGUACAAGCCCAAAGACACUGUGAGCAUCACCUGCAGCGAGGGCUUUGAACUGAUUGGCUCACCGCAAGUCACAUGUGGACCAGACGGCCAAUGGCAAGGCUUACCUGAGUGUCGCCCUAAAAAACGUUUAGCUAAUGUAAUCCUCUGCUCUUCACCGGCUGUGGCAAACGGAAGAAUCAAUGCAUUUGGUAACCAGCACAAACCUAAAGACACUGUGAGCAUCACCUGCAGCGAGGGCUUUGAGCUGAUUGGCUCACCACAGGUCACAUGUGGACCAGACGGCCAAUGGAAAGGCUUGCCUGAGUGUCGCCCUAAAAGACAUUUAGCUAACAUAAUCCUCUGCUCUUCACCGGCUGUGGCAAAUGGAAGAAUCAAUGCAUUUGGCAAUCAGCACAAACCCAGAGACACUGUGAGCAUCACCUGCAGCGAGGGCUUUGAACUGAUUGGCUCACCGCAGGUCACAUGUGGACCAGACGGCCAAUGGCAAGGCUUGCCUGAGUGUCGCCCUUUAAGACGUUCAGUUAAUGUAAUCCUCUGCUCUGCACCGGCUGUGGCAAACGGAAGAAUCAAUGAAUCUAGCAACCAGCACAAACCCAAAGACACUGUAAGCAUCACCUGCAGCGAGGGCUUUGAACUGAUUGGCUCACCCCAGGUCACAUGUGGACCAGACGGCCAAUGGCAAGGCUUGCCUGAGUGUCACCCUAAGAAACUUUUAGUUAAUGUAACCCUCUGCUCUGCACCCGCUGUGGCAAAUGGAAGAAUCAAUGAAUUUGGCAACACGUUCAAACCCAAAGACACUGUGAGCAUCACCUGCAGCGAGGGCUUUGAACUGAUUGGCUCACCGCAGGUCACAUGUGGACCAGACAGCCAAUGGCAAGGCUUGCCUGAGUGUCACCCUAUAAGACGUGUAGCUAAUGGUAAAUGUGGUCCACCUCCAUCAUAUGUCCAUCGCAAUGUGUUCUUCAGAGACGGGACGCCUGCACUGGCCGAGUACUCGUCCGGUGCGCGUAUUCGGUAUAAAUGUAAUCUAGGACUCCGCCGAGCCUCUGGUAGUGACAUCAUACGCUGUCAGGGUGGAGAGUGGACAAAACUGGCACUCCGAUGUCAACGGAAAAGCUGUGGUUCUGCUGGAGAGAUUUCCUUCGGCCGCUUUCAGUACACCGGAGUGUCAUUUGGAGAUUCAGCUAGAGCCAUCUGUCAGGAAGGGUAUGAGCUGAUUGGUCCAGAGGAGAGAGUCUGUCGAGAUGGAGGAUGGGAUGGAAGGACCCCUGUGUGUGAACCUGUUUACUGUCCUCCUCCACCUGAGGUCAGAGACGCAGAGGUUUCAGACUUCAGGAAUGAAGAUGUUCCUGUCGGGCACAUGGUGUCGUAUCACUGUCAGACUGGAGCUCUGAUCGGGACUCGAGAUUUAUACUGUACCCCCAACGGCACCUGGAGUGGUCCUGCUCCUCUCUGUAAAGACAUCAGCUGUCCUCAUCCUAAUGUUCCUCGUGGAUACAGAAUGAGGGGCUUCCGGUCAGUCUAUAAAUACGGGAACUCUGUCACCAUCGCCUGCAGUCCUGGAUUACGACUCUACGGGGAAAGUUUCGUCACUUGUGGAGCAGACGGAAACUGGACACCAAAACUACCAGAGUGCCGGAGAUGAAACGCAGACCAGUAAUUCACAACACAGCCAUGCGCAAGUCAGAAAAAAGCUUUUCUCAUGCUGUAGCUCAUUCA